GACCAAUCCAGGCGCCGCUCUUGGCUUUACAAACCGGCGCCCUCUUGGAGCCCCGCCCCCCUGCAGAAGAGCUCGAUUGCCGCGGACGGGUAACUCAGCGCUUCGCUCUCAACACUUCCAUCUUAAGGCGUGCCGGCCUCUUCAGAAGACCAUGCAGAGAGCCUCACGCCUAAAGCGGGAGCUGCACCUGCUAGCCACGGAGCCACCGCCAGGCAUCACUUGCUGGCAGAACCCAAACCAAAUGGAUGACCUCCGAGCUCAGAUUUUGGGUGGGACCAACACACCUUAUGAAAAGGGCAUUUUCAAGCUGGAAGUCUCCAUUCCUGAGAGGUACCCAUUUGAACCUCCAAAGAUACGCUUUCUGACUCCCAUCUAUCACCCUAACAUUGACUCUGCUGGGAGGAUCUGCCUGGAUGUUCUCAAACUGCCACCGAAAGGUGCUUGGAGACCGUCCCUGAACAUCUCCACCGUAUUGACCUCCAUCCAGCUGCUCAUGUCGGAGCCCAACCCUGAUGACCCCCUCAUGGCUGACAUAUCUUCGGAGUUUAAAUACAACAAACCAACCUUCCUCAAGAACGCCAGAGAGUGGACCGAGAAGCAUGCUCAUCAGAGGCAAGAGGCUGAAGAGAAUGAGGAGGUGGAGAACGUUCCAGAGCCUAGUAACCCCAGAGUUACAGAAGCACCACAGAAAAGAAAAGGCUCCAAGCUGGGGAGACCGGAAAAGAGGCUUUGUCUUGAUGCUUAGGGAGUCCAUCUCAAGCUGUCACAGCUGAUAGUGGUCCACUUCUGUCAAGGCUUCUGAUAGUGCCUCGUCUCUUUUAAUGUUUUCUUGGUCUUUGAUGAGAGUGGAAUGGUUUUUCCCUUAUAAAACAGGCUUUGUGUAUUUAUGUAUACUGCAGUAGACUACUUUUCUGAAUGUGAUUUGUUGUAUUUAUCUUGUACAUAUGUAUUGUGAAAACUUUUAACCUGAAAAAUAAAUAAUCAUUUAACAUUG